UCGUUUUUUUUUGAGAAAUCGUGUAUCAGUUGGGACCUUUUAGAAGGCAUACUGAUCAUGAACACGGUCAUAUAUAGUUUCAGAGGAAAAUGUCCUCGUGCGGCAUCUCUCCCCAACAAUUGGAAUACAGCGCAAAUUCGUUAGGGGUUCACUAGUUGGGGUGUUCGUUAGUUGGGUGUCUGCUAGUUGGGGCAUGUCCCAACUAAAAGACACUCUUAUGUCAAAACUGAAAAUCAAAAAGUGAUUGACGUUUGAAAGUCAUCGAUUUCAAGGGCUCAUUGGUUGAUUUCUGUGGUGAUCUAGAAAAAACAUGCUUUGAAAUCCACUGGAAUGUUAUUUUUUGAAUUCAUGCUCCGGUAUUUUUUUAGUGUAAAGUCGUUUUAGUCGUUGUAUAUUAGUUGUUAACUUCUUGGAGGUCAUCUCUGAUGUAUUCAAUCGCAUUAUCAAAUGAUUUUUAGCUGGUUGUAACGUAGUAUGUAUAGUGUGUGUUUGGGUAUUGUGUUAAUCAUGUCAUACGGUUGCGCACUUCUUGCGGUGAACACGGAAAGUUAUGGACAUAAUUAUUUAACAUUUGAGAAGGCCGUUAGAAAUUUGCAACAUUUUGAUUACCUCGAAUGUGAUGUCUGGUAGGUCUGUGCCAAGAAUAAAAUAGACUUUUCCACAAUGUAGUUGAUCAUGCUAUGGAAUCAUAGUUAUGAGAAAGGCACAAUUGCACCACUAGUUGGAGAAAAAUAGGUUUUUAUUAGACCUUUAGUAACUGAUAUUUUGUUAUUUUCGAUCAUUUGCAAUAUGACCUUUUAGGUCGAUUUCUUCACCCUCGCUUAGCUUUUAAACCAGGUUUACCAAAACCUUUAAACAUAUCUUAAACGAUAAGCGAGGCUGAAGAAAUCGGCCCUUAAGCGGACCCUACACGAGACAAGAAUAUUGUCCAUAAAAAUAUUGACAAGACUACUUCAAUCCGCCAAUCCCAUUUGAAUUCUCCAGAAUCAAUAUUUUCAUAGCAUCCUUACACGAUCAAUAUGUUGAUCAAUAAUUGGUUUAUUGGCAAUAUUUCUGCUUGUAUAGGGUCUGCUUUAGUGACAUUCGACAUUUUAUUACAGUCGUGAUUCGCUGGUUGGGCCACAGCCUUGUCCAUCUAACUAAUUUGAUUCGCUAGUUCGUUAGUUGGACCGACUGACAAAUGUCAAAAACUCUCCAAAGGAGAGGUUGUCAGUGUAAAUGCAUCUGUUCACAUCUCUAAAUAUUGUCAGUUUGAUUGUCAAAGUUAAUUUGACACGAGAUUUUGACGUUCAGAUGCUUUUUAGUUUGACAAUGGUCCAACUAGCGCAGGUCCAACUAAAAAGCGGUCCAGUUAAAAAGUGUCCAACCAGCGAAUCACGACUGUAGUGCUCUGACAUUGACAGAUCUGGUAAAUGGGAUAUUGCAAGACGACGUCAUAUGAGUAAAAAUGCUCGAAAAAUGACAGUUCAGCGAGGUUGUUUAAAUGGCGUUUUUGAAAAUUUUUGAUUCCAACCAGUACAACUUGGUUCGGAUUCUAAGUCCAUGUAAACAAGCUCUCUGAACUGUCAGAAAAGUGAGGUUAUACAUUUUCGUGUAAUGGGAUAUGGUAAACAAACAACAGAGAUGGCGAGUCUUUAUUUCCAGAGGGAUUCAGCGUCUUUAGUCAAGAGAUAUAAACAAAAAUCAGCUGAUCAGAAACGUGUCACGGAAUGCUUAAUAAAUGUUAUUGCUUUGCAAAUAACUAACAUAAAAAAAUCUAAACAAUUAAACUACAAAUGCAAAUGUGUCGGGCGUGUGGUCAAAGGUUCUUUGACGAUCGUUGGGAAAGCCUGGACAAAUACGAAGAAGCUUACUUUAAUUUGACAGCAAUUCAGGUCCGAGAUUAUGAAGAUCCAAGCCAAUCGAAAAUAUGCAGCCGAUGUGCGUUUAAACUCGAAGAUUUUGAUCGGUUUCGCAAAAUUUGCCAGCAGGUUCACUGGCGACUGCACCAGAUUAAAACCAAUGCGUCAGAAGAACUCUAUCGUGAAACCUUCACGGUGGAAGUCGAAUGUACGCCGGAAAUACCGAAAGAAGAUUCGAUUGAAAACAUUGCUGCAAAUGAAGGCGACAGAAGAAAUUAUGAUACUGUUCAUUCUGGUGACGAACACGAUCCCGUUGAAAAUGAAGAUGUUGCUGGCGAUAAUAACGACAGCUAUGAAGAAGAUGUCAUGCUUGAAAAAGAAAAUGCCAAUUCUUUUAAAGAUGAUACCAAGCCUGAAAAAUAUGAUGUCAAGUCUGGAAAAAAAGAAGUGAAUUUUGGAACAGAUGAUGUCAUGUCCGGAAAAGAAGAGGUCAAGUCUGGAGGUGUUAAGCCUGGAAACGAAAAUGUCAUAUCUGAAAAAGAUUAUGUGAAUUCAGGAAACGAUAAUAUAAAGUCGAUAAAAGAUGAUGCCAUGCCUGAAAAAGAGGAGGUAAAGUCUGGAAAAAAAGAAGUGAAUUUUGGAACAGAUGAUGUCAAGUCCGGAAAAGAAGAGGUCAAGUCUGGAGGUGUUAAACCUGGAAACGAAAAUGUCAUAUCUGAAAAAGAUUAUGUGAAUUCAGGAAACGAUAAUAUAAGGUCGAUAGAAGAUGAUGCCAUGCCUGAAAAAGAGAAUGUAAAGUCUGGAAAUGUUGAAGUCAAUACUGUAAAAGAUGAUACCAAGUCUAGAAAAGAUGAAGUCAGUUCUGGCAAAGAUGAACAUUUUGGCUUAUCGAACACACAGGAGAACGAAGAAGUGCCAUCUAAGCCCAAGAAGCACCGGACUAAAGUGAACACUUUGAAGCAAAAGGAACUCAAAGAACAACGAACAGUCUUCUCGUGCGAUCUGUGCCCUAAGAAAUUUUACGUACUGUUGCGAUUUAACGCCCACAAACGCAUUCACGAUGGUCUCAAACCGUUCGAGUGCGAAGUCUGUGGAAAAGCCUUCUCAAAGUUAAAUAAUCUAACUUUACAUCACACCCAGCAGCAUAGUAAUAAUAGAAUCUCCCUGCCAUGUGAUUAUCCCGAAUGUGAGCAGAAAUUUGAAACCCAACAUGGACUUAAUAGGCACAAAAAUCGGGUUCAUAAUCCCGACUACACAAAGCCCGCUCAACCAGCAAGUAUUUGUGACGUAUGCGGAAAAAGGUUUACCACCAACGGAGCAUUAAAAAAACACAAAUACACACACGCUCCUAGUGAAAUGCCUUUCGUGUGCGGAAUCUGUUCUAAACAGUUUCCAACUUCUUACAAACUAAAAGAACAUACAAUGCGCCAUGAGGGCGUAAAGAAUCAUACCUGUCCGCAGUGCGGUCUUGGAAAAACAUCUAUGCACGAGUUGAGAACUCACAUAAAAAAGAUGCACUCAGCAGAGCGGCGUUCCUAUUCGUGCGAGGUGUGCAACCGCCAUUUCUGUAGCACUGCAAAUUUGGGUCUCCAUGUCAAAAUUACACAUCUAGGCCUUAAACCGUUCAUCUGCACAGUUUGUCAAUUUGCAUUUGGUAGAAGUGAUCACCUCAAGCGACAUAUGAAAAGUCACUUGCGAACUGAUUCGCUAAAGUAAACGUAGGAAAUAUCAAUUUGUACAGUAUUAGAAAGUUUCCGAAGAUUAGUGAUAUUGAGUCUCAAAGCUUAUAUUUUUAAUCAUAUCCCUUUUAUUUUGAGUUGAGCCGUUUUCGGCAAGAUCUUAAGUAUCUUUGAAAAUAGCUAAGAACAUUUUCAGAUUAAAUGGAAAUUCUGAACGAACCGAUGCAAAAAUAGUAAAAUACAUGUAAAUAAAAGCUAGUAUAUUAAAUAAUUGUGAAAAUUGGUCCCGAAACAUAAUUGAACAGAAACAUCUCGACAUGAUAUUCCGUGGGCUUGGCAGUGGGCUCCAGAACACAUGCUCAGAGUGUAGCUUCAAGACCUUGGAUACUGCAGAAGCACCGAAAGUCGAACGCGAGAACCCGACGGUUAACUGGAGACACGUGUGGAACAACAUAUCUGCACAGAAGCUGACGUCAUCACAACGAAGAGCAUUAUAUAUGCUGGUGAAUAGGUAAACUGAACAUCCUUAUAGUUUCCUUAUAGUAUACUAGCUAAUACCCAUCGCGCGUUGCUGCGACACUCUGCGAAAUAGGAGGAAAACACAAAUUGUUCCAAUGCGCCAUCUGGCGGGCAGAUAAUCUCCAACUAAUAGCACACAAACACGGCCCAUACCAAAUACCUACUGUGUGCAAAUUUUUACGAAAAUCGGUUAAGCCGUUUGGGAGUCUAUAAAUCAUAUACAUACAAGCUUUGACUUUUAUAUAUAUAUAGAUAGAUUUUUGGUGUAGAUCCGGUCUGAUCGGCAUUUCUGCCCUAGGCCAAAAAUGCGGGCCUCCCACAAUCCAAUUUAAACUAGGAAGGAUAAGCGCGUGGGCGCCAUUUAAACACCUUUUUCAAUAUGUAAAGAAUCAUUUGGUAUCAUUGCUAUUGUUGUCAUGCCUUCUUAC